UGGACACCGCUUUCUUUCCCACGGCUCCACCUGCGCAAAGCACCCAAAUUUCGACGAGUCAAUCACCAUUGAAUACAACUUCUGCUGGGCUCAGAAUAUCGCUGGAAUGGAACGACCAAGCAUCAUGGCUUCCGGUUCGCCCAUUGAAUUUCCUUCUACCCACUCCGCCCGCUCCAGCUUGGGCAGUGCGUCUCCCGUCAAGGCGGCACCUCCCAAGCACGUUUCAUUCGAACUCCUCUUCCCGGAAUCCCCCCAAUACAAGGCGCGUCUGCCCCUACGAGUACAAAUAUACCCGCAUGACAGCACAGAGUCCAUUGUGACGACGGUCAAGAACUUCUACGGUCUCUACUCCGGUCCCACCGGAAGCAAGGGCAUCAGUUUUGAGGAUGACCGGGGCAACACCCUGAUCGCAGGAUAUGAGAACUUUAGCCAUAACAUGGUGGUCUAUGUCAGAGUCAUUGAGGACUCUGCGCAGCCCGCCGUGCCUUUCCUUCCUGCCGCUUAUCCCUCUGCCACAAUUGGCGCUCAUAGCUACGGUCACAGUGACUACUCUGGCCAUUCCGCACAACAUGUUGGCCAGCAUCUGUCUAGGCCAACCUCGAGGAUGUCUAGGAAGCGCAGCGUUUCUCCCGACGAUGACCGCGGCCGGCGUAGCAACUCGAUCGCCGCCAGCAAGAAGGGAAGGUCUCGCUCUUCCAAGACCCGGGGGCCCAACUACGAGAACCAUAGCGACAGUUUCAAUGGCUACAGCAGUGAUGGCGAGAACGGAGCGCCUUCCGUCUCGAGCAAGGCCAAAGAGCCCAUUGGCAACACAGACAUAAGCCUAGAGAAUAUAGUCGAAGGUGGCCGCCGAAAACGUGCCAAGUUCGAGAGCUCCGAGCUUCCUCUAUUUGCGCCUCCUCAGAUGCCCGCCGCUACCUCUAAUCCGUCCGUCUCUCCCGCGCGGCGCGCCGAUCCUCAUCGCGCUGCUAUCCCUUUCGCCCAUCCCGGUCAAAAUCCUUUUACCAAUCCUCGACCGCUCCAAUCACCCCAAAAUUAUGGCUAUGGAUAUGGUCACUUUGGCAUGUUCGCUACCCCCACAACCGACCAGAGACGCCAUCGCAAUAGCAUUGGCUACCCUCCCAACAUCCUGCCUACUCCAGAUCCUACUAUUGGUAGCAACAUGUCUGAAGAAGAUAAGGAUGUCGCACUCCAGCUCAUGAGGUUGGGCGACAUGUCAAAUAUCUCCCAUGGAAGAACAUCUGCUUCUACACUCGAUGACACAUUUAGCGGAAACGCUGAUGCUUGCUCUUCGACCGGCGCUACUAGCGAUGGUGAGAGCGACAAUGGAGUGGAGCUCCCGCCUGCCCGCCGGCAAAAGCUCGAGAUGCCUAUGAGCACCGGAAGGUUAUACCAGACAACUGAGACUCACUUCAUUGCCCCUCGAGAACACGCCGAAGCUAGCGGUGACGACGCUGACUACGAGGAUGGUGGCGAAGAUGGGCCAAGGCUCAACGAUGUGAAGCCCAAGUCCCAAAAGCCACGUCUGCCCAGCUUGAAGACAGGUGUCGCAAAGCCCAAGUCCAAGAUCCCUAAGCCCCUGACCAACAAGGUCAAGAAGUCGAAUAGUAUUUCCGCUCCUGGGCCCAUGUCGCCUACGUCGCUUCCUACACAGUCGCGCAAACCGUCUAUUGCCGGCCCAGGGUUUCUGCCCGGCCAGCCGGGUGAGGAUGACCAACCUGACCUCUCUACUAAGCCACGCUGCCAGCGAUGCCGAAAGAGUAAGAAGGGAUGUGAUCGUCAACGACCUUGUGGGCGCUGCAGAGAUGCAGGUCUUACCGCAGACCAGUGUGUCAGCGAAGAUGAAGGCAAUGGCCGAAAGGGUCGCUAUGGCCGACAUAUGGGUGUUCCUGUCAAAAAUUCUGCCGAAACUAUGCUGCAGCCUACUUUGCUCCCCGCAGCUCCCAUCACUGCCCCCAUGGCUCCUCCAAUGAUCGGAGCGAAGGACAAGAAGCGGAAGCGGUAGACAUGCUGCUCUUUUGAGUGCAUUUCAAAGGAACUAUAAACAUAAAACACUCUUACUGAUGGUGUCUGUCAGCACUGCUACACCACAAACCUGAACAGACGGCCUU